AUGGCGAAUCUGUCUUCAAAUGAUUCACAAAGUAUCCCUAAUCAGAGUGAGACUAAUCAAUGGGGUCAAGCUAUAUUACGAGCUAAAACAACAUUAAUCAAACCAUAUUCAAAAUACACUCAAGAAGGUCUUCGUCCACGAACACCCAAUGAUCCUUACACAUUCUUAUCAAAGGAACAAGAAUCAAGCAUUGAAAGUACUGCUAGUCCAUUGUUUUUCAGCAAAGCUCGUAACUCAACAGCCAAUGGAGCAUUUCGUUGUUAUCGUCAACGUCAGACAGAUUCAGUACCCAUGAGUCACCUUCGUACAGGCGGUACUGUUGGUGCUGGAACAGAAUAUACAUUUGUCACUCCACAAGCAUAUACUUGGAAAUUACCUGAAACAUACAGUGGUUGCACAGCAGAUGCUUUUCCCAAAUGGUAUCCGAACAAAGCUGGCGAUCGAACUGAGAAACAAAUGCGAGAUACUGUGCCAGUAGAACGGUAUGUUUCCAUUGAUAUGUAUCGACGAGCACCAACAGCACGUGCAGGUCAAAUCAUUUUUGACCAUGGACGACCUAACGAUGGAUACUAUUUACAACGAAAUGGAUAUGAUACAACAUGGUUUGGCUCGGAAAUGCCGUUAAAUCGUCGCCAUAUUCUCGAUUCUAUACAAUCGAAAACAACUGCUGAAUACGAACAACAACAUGCUCAACAACAAGACCAAUAUCGAAAAGCACAAGGAAAAUGGCCACAUAUAUCUGAAUAUGGUGAUCAAUUUGUACUUCGAACAGCAGUUGAGCGAAGCAAAAAGACAGAUUUGGAACGUGCUAAAGAGCAUGUCGGACAAAAUCCAACGCGGCACACAUCAUUACAUAACAACUUAUCAGCGCAAGCCGUUAUUCAAGGUCGAACAUUAGUUAAUGAGCCAUCCUUGGUUGUCAAAUGCUAA